UAUUUCGAUGUUUGUAAUUACAGUUACUGCCUUGCCUUCUCGACAAAAUGCUUCGAAUAGAUUAGUGAAAUUGUGAACAACGGUGGUGAUAUAAAUUACUUAUUAUUCGGUCUUAAAUGUCGCCUCGUGUUUGUAAAAAUAAAACGAACACAUUUCGUAAAAAAUACGCGAGUGUGAAAAUUCGAAUUAAUCAAAGAAUCAUUUAUGUUAAGCACAUUAGCGUCGAAGUGAAUCGAAACGGCCGUCUUGCGUAGCUAGAAUUUUGUAUGGGAAAAGCAGAGUCAGUAUUCAUUCGUUAUAUAGGAAAAUCAAGAGGUAACAUGGCAAAAGAAAGACGAAAACGUGUGCAAACAAGAAAUGCAAUUCGUACAAGAGCUACUGUUUUAUCCCCUCAAUACGAUACAACAUCACCAAUGAAGAAGGUGGUUAAACUGCAUGAUAGUAAUAUUAAAGAUGUUAACUCUGAUGAGAUCCAUUCAGUAUCAGAAGCACAUAAAGUGCCUGUGUGCAUAAGUUCCUUUUUUUAUACACAAAUUACAGAUGUCCCUAAAAAUAAAGCUUCUAUCCUGCCUAUCGAAGAAAGGUUUUGUGGAAGUAAAGAAACCAAUGAUGUACAAAGUGAUAUCCUCACUGAUGUUAGUCAAUUCAGAACGGAUGAAACACCUGUAGCAGUACCUAUUCAUGGCCCAUCAACACCACACAGGAUUAACAUGCCAAACCAUCAAUUGGAAGAUUUAGAUGAAAGAAAUACAAAUGAAAAUAUGCAUAUGAAACCUGUUGUAAUUCCCACACUUAAUUUGGAGCAACAACCUUUAAAAAAGUCUGCUAAUCGUAGCCGUAGAAAAUUAACCAGCAAUCAGCCUGCCACAAAUCGGUCAACAGAUUCUUCAAAUACUAAAAGUACAAAUCAUAAGCUUACGGACUACUUUCCAGUACGCCGUAGUGUGAGAAAAUCAAAGAAAGCUGUAUUAGAAGAAAAGCAACGUGAUAUGGAAAAUAAAGUGCUUUAUCAAGUAGAAGAAGGCUUAGAAGUAAGACACUUUGCUGGUAAAGGUCGUGGUGUAGUAACAACACGAGAGUUUAUGAAAGGAGAAUUUGUAGUAGAAUAUAUUGGUGAAUUAAUCGAUCAAGUAACAGCAAAGAAACGUGAAAAAAUAUACGCACAAGACCAGAACACGGGGUGUUAUAUGUAUUAUUUUCAACAUCGUAAUCAUCAGUAUUGCGUUGAUGCAACAGCAGAGACUGAUAAGUUAGGUAGAUUAGUAAAUCAUUCAAGAAAUGGUAAUUUAAUCGCUCGAGUCGUAGAAGUAGAGUCGACGCCACACCUGAUACUUACGGCGAAAGAAAAUAUAUCUACAGGGGUGGAAAUAACAUAUGAUUACGGAGAUCGAAGUCGCGAAGCCAUUCGUCAUCAUCCAUGGUUGGCAUUAUAGCGCUUUCAAAUAAUUAAUUAAUUAGUUAUAAUAGCAUGGUGUAUCGUAUUGCAGAAUUCGUUCAAUUGAUUUUCUUCCUUCUAUGAAGGAACAAUAAAUACAUAUAGAGAAUUUUAGUUGAAUUUUAUGAAUUAAUCUGAUUAAAAAUGUUUCUAAGAUGAAUGUAUCUCUACUUUGAUAUAACAAAUAUGUAAUUAUGUACUUCGUUAUCUAUGUAACAAAGCAAGAGGAAUUAGAAGUAUUUGAUAUUUUAUAAAAUUGAUAGUCUAGCUUGCAUACGUGUUUUCUUUGUUACAUAAAUUUCAUUCAUAAACAUUCAUAAACUGUUAAAAACAUCAAACUGACAAAAUAGAUAUUACAAAUUUUUAAUCAAAUACUUUUUUAAUGUUGUUACUAUUAUGUUUAAUUAUUAUUUUUUGACUGUAAGGCAUUUUCGUGUCACAGUUUAUGAACAAAUAUGUACAGUUUCUUUACGAACUUUACUAACAAAUGCUUCAUCUAGUCUUAAAUUCAGUCUAGUAUUAUUGACUACAGAUAAGACACGUCAUUAGACAUCUCAAUAUACUAGGCGACAACUUUUCCUGGUUGAAGGAUUUGUAAUACAUUGAUAUGAUUACAAAUGUGUUUUCUUUUCUUUUAAAUAUUUUAUUACGGAGUACUUCGAUCUCUGUGUUGCGGUACCUGUACUGUAAGACAACUACUUUUGUUUUCUGUCAAUUUGUCACUGCCAAAUUCCAAAUGACGUGAGAGGUAAUUCGUAAUUAACUUUAUAAACGAAAGAUGUUAUGUAAUAACAU